UCGGCCGACAUGCCUCGCCUUAGUGUAUUUGACUUCUUGAAGGACAACAAUUACCGUCCCUAUGGCCUAGAUCAAGUUCGGCACAUCGCCUAUCAACUAUGUUACGCAGUCAAGUUCCUCCACGACAACAAAUUGACUCACACAGAUCUCAAGCCAGAAAACAUUCUCUUUGUUGAAUCUGAUUAUAAUUUAACAUAUGAUCCAAAAAAGAAACAAGACAUCAGAACGGUGAUGAAAACAGAUAUUCAGCUGAUUGACUUCGGCAGUGCAACGUUUGAUCACGAGCAUCACAGUACCAUAGUUUCAACAAGGCACUAUAGAGCGCCAGAAGUUAUUUUAGAAUUAGGAUGGGAACAACCCUGUGAUGUUUGGUCCAUUGGGUGUAUAAUGUUUGAGUUGUACCUGGGCAUCACAUUAUUCCAGACACAUGAUAACCGGGAACAUUUAGCUAUGAUGGAAAGAAUCCUAGGACCCAUCCCUAACAGGAUGGGUAGGAAGACUCGGACCAAAUACUUCUAUCAUGGCAAAUUAGACUGGGAUGAAAAGAGUUCAGCAGGCAGAUAUGUCCGGGAAAACUGUAAACCUCUAAGGAGCUAUCAGACAAAAUCAGAUGAGGACCAUCGGCUGCUGUUUGACCUUAUUUCCAAGAUGCUGGAGUAUGAACCAGCACAGCGGGUCACCCUAACGGAGUCACUUAGGCAUCCAUUCUUCGACAAGAUUCCAGCUCACCAACGGUUAGGUGACAGUGCUGUUGGUGACCUUCGGGAACGCUCACACUCCCUCUCACGAUGUAGGCGUAGACUCUGUCCCAAUUCUUGUGGUGAACCAACAGGAUUGUCCACAAUUCUUGAGGUCUAGCACUCCAUGUUCAUUGGUGAUCCAAUUUACAGAGAGGACAUGACACUGAAAAGCAGCCCAUACAGAAAAUCUAUAUUUAGAUUUUUGUCUCAUGUCAAAAGUUAUCAUGUUUUUUCCCACCAGUAGGGGACCUAACUAGUGUAUUCAACAUUUGAAUAAUAGAAUUUGUGCACCAAUACUACCUUCCUUUUGAUUUUCCAAUAAGGAAGUAUCCUUUAAGUAGGCACUGACAUUCAACAUUAUUUUCAAUCCGGGAAUAGGGUAGGUGGGUAGGCAGGUAGUUUUUUAUUACCUCAGGGAGUUGCAACCCUGCCUUGCCAGCUGUUCUCUCCCUGUUGGUUGACAUGUUGACAUUAGGAAGGGCAUCCAGCCAUAAAAUUUUGCUUCAACUGGCCUGAUGGUAACUGGGUCACCAGAGCUGUGCCCAUUCCCUGGUCCCUGCUGCAUUUUCUGGGCUGGAACCCUGGGUUUGCUGUGGUGAGCAGGGGAGGACAUCCUGUUCUGUUUUUACCCAACAACUGGCAUCAGGUAAUCAGACCUAACCCACGCACGUGUGGAAAAUGACUGCAAAUGUUGAUGAUGAUGAGUAAUUAUAACUGCCUUGUGCAAAUGUUGUCAUUGCCUCAAGUUCCUAUUUAUACAGUGUGAUGUAUUAUUUGAUACAAUAAAAUCAUAAUUUUUUAA